AUGCUGCCGUCGCCGCCGUCGAUCUCGCCGGCGCGGCUGCACAAGCUGGUGUCCGCGCAGCCGGACCCGCUCCUGGCGCUCGAGCUCGUCACCGUCACUUCCCCGACCACCACGCCGCACCCGGCCACCCUCCACUCGCUGCUCCUCCGCCUCUCACGCCGCCGGGACCACCUCCCGCACGCGCUCGCGCUCCUCCGCCGCCUGCCGUCCCCGCCCACCCCGCGCCUCCUCCUCCCGCUGCUCCUCUCCGUCCUCCGCCUCCGCCGCCCGCCCCACCUCUUCCUCUCCACCUUCAACACCCUCUUCGUCUCCGGCCCCAGCCCGCUCUCGCUCCACCCGCAGCUUCUCCUCCGCCUCCUCUCCGCCCUCUCCUCCACCGCCGCCCACUUCCCCUCCGCGCUCCACCUCCUCCGGCUCGUCUCCUCCCGCCUCCCCCUCCCGGCGCCGCUCGUCCUCGCCUCCCACAACCUCCUCAUCGAGGCCGCCGCCCGCUCCGGCCACCUCGCCGUCUCGCUCUCGCUCUUCCACCGCCUGCGCUCCCUCCACGUCUCCCCGGACGCCGACACCUACCGCAUGCUCACCCAAUCCCUCUGCCGCCGCGGCCAGGUCCGCACCGCCACUACCCUGCUCGACGAAAUGCUGCACAGGGGCAUCCCCGCCGAUCCGCUGGCCUACACCACCGUGCUCAACGCCCUCUGCCGCAAGAAGCAGCUCCGGGAGGCCUACCGGUUGCUGUGCCUCAUGCGAGGCCGCGGGGUCUCUCCUGACAUCGUGCAUUACAACACCGUCAUCGCCGGAAUGUGCCGUGAGGGGCGGCCACUGGAUGCCUGCAAGGUGAUCGGGGAUAUGGCGGAUAGUGGCUGCGUUCCGAAUGUGGCGUCGUAUGCAGCGGUAGUCAAUGGAUUGUGCAUCAGUGGGCUGUUUGGCAAGGCAGAGACUUACUUGGAAGAUAUGGUGGGUAAAGGGAUUCUGCCACAUUUUUCAGUGUUCCAUUCGGUGAUUAAGGGGUGUUGUACAGUUGGCAAGGUAGAGGAGGCUGCACGGAUGAUGAAUCGGAUGCUUCAACUUGGUAUGCCUCCACAUGUUGAGACAUGGAGCUCAGUGGUCAGAAGCGUUUGUAACGACGAGGACUAUGUUGAGCUGAUUUUGUUGCAAAUGAUGAAAAAAUGCAGCGCUGCUCGAACAUGAUGUUGAGGGGUACCUGUGGCACAGAGGCAGUAAUGCAAGAAGCGAUCAGUUGUGUUCUUUAUAUUCUGGUGUCAUAUAACAAUGAGCUUUGUGAAAGAUAACAAGACAUGGUGCAAAAAGUGGAGCACACAGACAUCUUUUCUUCUAGAAUACAGCUGCUUGGCAAAACACCUCGUUUCUCAAAUGUGAGAUCAUGGUCACAUAUCACCUAAGGGUAGCUGAUGUGGUGGUGAUCAAAAUGCUUAAUUUGAA